AUGGCAACAGUCUGUCUCGUAGGCAGCACGGGCUUGGUGGGAUCUAACAUCUACACCGUGCUCUCCAAACACCCGCACUUCAACACCAUCUACGCAUACUCACGGAAAGACCUACCCAUCAGCGAGAAGCUCAAGCCACUUGUCUCGAAGGAUACCUCAUCAUGGCCAUCUCAAUUCCCAUCAGGUGCCGAACUAUUCAUCUCAGCUCUGGGCACCACCAGAGGAGCAGCCGGCGGGUUCGAAAAUCAACGCAAGAUCGAUUACGAUCUUAAUCUUGAGCUGGCAAAGGCAGCCAAGGAAGCUGGCACGAAGCAUUAUGUGCUGAUAUCGUCCACCGGUGCAAGCGCCUCAUCCUCGCUUGGGUAUCCGAAGAUGAAAGGUGAGCUCGAAGAAGCCGUCAAAGCGCUCGACUUUGAUCAUCUCGUCGUCCUCAGGCCAGGGCUGCUUGUAGGGAACAGGAACGAGAGCCGGUUCGGCGAGAUGGUGUUCCGAAAGAUUGCCGCAGGCGCAGGAGCCAUCAGUGGCAACCGGCUGAAGGACUUCUGGGCGCAGGAUGCGGAUGUCGUCGCAAAGGCUGCGGUCAGGGCUGGCUUGGACUGUAUGGAGGGCAAGCAGGAGGAGAAGUUCCGACUGCUUGGACAGGCGGAUGUUGUGAGAUUGGGGAGGACGGAGUGGAAGGACUGA